AUGGACCUUUACAGCAGUAUGGAGCCGUCCCCGCUCCCAGUCAAGCCCCCAGCUCCAGAGAAAAUUUUAAAUGAAGCCUGGUCAAGACACGCUGACUCGAAGUCCAACGUUGGCAGCAAGCCUCGCAAACCUGCCGCGUACCGACCGCAUGUCGGACUGUCUAGGUUUCAAUAUGGCGACGGCGAGUACCUGGCCAGCGUUGCAAACUUUCAGCAGUACCAUGAACCCAUUAAAUCAGAAAUCGAACCUUUGCCUGAAAUGCUGGAGCUCGUGCAGACGACUCGGACGAUGGCGCGCACAGCGCGAGCCGGCUUUGCCGCGGGCAGCGGCGGUGGCGGCAGCAAACCCCCGAGCCUCGAAUCACUUCGUCGCCGCCACUCAGCAUGCGAUCGUCAUAUCUCGCGGAUCCAAGCAUCCGAUUCGGGCGAGGGCGGUGAGGAUGAGGAGGCCGACGUCGAGGAGUUCGGUAUGAAAUCCGACGGCGCCGACGAUAGCGGCCGAGCGACGGCAGCGUCGACAGGCAGCAGCGAUACGGACGAUUCCGACUGCGGUGCUGGCCGCAGAUACGGCAGACCGGCGGCCGCCGCGGCGGUGCCCAUUCGCGCCACUCGUCGCCGCCAAUCCACGCCCACAAACUUGGGUAUCCCUGGGCUGGAAAACCACUCCCGACCUGCCGUACUGCCCGCACGACUCAGCUCCGUCGAGUCUAUCCCCGUACAAAACGAGUACGUCAGCGGGGCCGGUGCCGCUGACGAUGCCAGCACUGAGCCCAGCGCCCGCCAGGGAGUGCUAUCCCCCCUGGAGCCCACCGCUCCUGGCCGCCGCCGCAGCAGCAGCGGCGUGUCUGGCAGCGGCGCCGCCGCCUUAUCUGUUUCCCGGGCCGCCGCCGCCGCCCGACGCAGCGCCCUUUGCGCCACCCCCACUGCCGCGGAAGCGCCCAACGCUUCCGCUGGUGCCGCUGGCGCGGCCGCCACCCCAGCCUUCACCUCGCCGACCCAUGAUACGCAUCCAACCCCCGCCGUCGCCGACGUCGUACAGCUGGAUCGCGUCAGCCAGAUGCUGCACGACCUCCGUCGGGCCAAAUGCCAUGAGCCCAGUACGGCAACCUCAACCUCAACCUCAGCCGCUGUGGGCCCCCUAGGUAGCAACACACGUCAGCCGUCGCGAAAGCAACGCAGCGGAGCCGCCACUGGACCGAACGAGACGUCCAACGGGGCUGCCAGCGCCAGCGGCGGCGUCAGCGGCGGAAUGCGGGAUCGGCGCCGCAACGGCGUCAGGCAAGGCGGCGCCACUGGCACCGGCGACGCCUCGUUUGAUUCUGGUCCGCGGCCCUUCGCCGCUACCACCAUCACCACCACCACCGCCACCACUGCAGCUACAAGCAGACGGGAGUCACGUACAAACUUGACCUCGCUGUCGCAAUCCCAGUUACAACACCAACAGCUCUCUCUUCCGCUGACUUCGGUUUCGACGUCUGGGGAAGCGGCGGCAGCGGUGCCGCCGCCGUCGCUGCAGCAGCAACGGACUCGGCGAGUCGGCUCUGAGUACUGGAACUCCGAAACCAGCUUGUUAGAUUUUACGGAAGAUGACUUGACUUCCUCCAUGGCAACGGGAACGGCGGCGGCGGCGGCGACGACGACGACGACAGUGCGAAGUGGCGGCUGUGCACGGUACCCGUCAUCGUCGGGAGCGGCGGCGGAACCGCCUCCUCCCCCUCCUCCUCCUCCUCAUCCGAGCUCCUGCUGGCCAUCGCGCAUGCCGCCGUUAAUGUCGGCAGUAGCGGGCGAGCUUGCUGACGCCGCUAUGGACGCCGCCACCGCCGCUGUAGCGGGGCCCGCGACGGCAAAGGCGGUGGCGGUGAUGGCGACGGCGGCGCCGGCCGCUAGAUCCCCAGUGGUGCCCUUCCGCAGCAGGUCACAAGCCACCGUCAAUUUACACCAGUCCUACAACCAGCAGCCGCGGCCGCAGCAGCAGUCACCGCCGCCAGCGCCGCGUGUGUCCGGCGGCGCUCCGCUAGGCGGAUGGACGUGUAGACAGUCGAUGCAACGCAACAUGGGCGGACAGACCGACACCGCUAGCGGCAGCGACGCCGCCACCACCGUCACCGCCGUAACGGCCUUCCUCCACAGCGUGCAUUUCGCCGCGGACAUCUGCUCCUUCAGCCGCGGAAGGAGCUCCGAAAACAGCCUUGGGUCAUUCUCUGGCGGCGGCGCUGCAGAGGACGGUGGUGGCGGCGGCGGCGGCGGCGGCUCGGCGCCGAACUCCGGAGCUAGUAGCUACCGCUUCCAGCGUGCGGCGUCUGGCGGGUCGACAUCCUCCGGCGGCGGCGGCGGCGGCGGCGGGGCGGGAGCCCUUGUAACGGUUUCUUCCGAGAAUAUCAUCGGCCACAUCUCACCUCGGAUGUCAGAUCCUCAGAGCGCUGCCACCGUUGCCACCGCUGGCGGCGGCGGCGGCGGCGGCGGCGUCAGUCGGCCCAUGAGCCGCUUAUUCGGCGGCCUCUUCCCGGGCAACGGUGGUGGUGCUGGUGGUGCUGGCCAACGCUGA